AUGUUACAAGUAUGUCUUGCUUUAGUUGAAAGGAAGCCAUUGGAUAUAAAAGUUGAUGAGAAUAUUAAAAAAAAUCUACCUCCCUUGCGGCGUUGUGUCACACUACCCGACACCAGUUCAACUUUUCAUACAUCUAAUCAUUUUGGCUUCUCUGAAGUUGGAAAUCUUAUUGCAUGUACGCCAGCUCUUCGUCGUCGUCGUCAAAAUGAUAAAUCUGUUGAAGUUUUAAGUGAUCUGAAUCUUAGAUACCAGCAGUAUAAACGAAAUGAACUAAGACCUACAUCUGACUUAUUACUGAAUUCUCAUUCCAGAGGAGUACCAUCAUAUUUAUUAGGAGAGGUAAUUAGGCAGCCUAUUGAAAGUAGUGAUGAUACAGAAAAUAGUGAUGGACACAUGUGUAGUCAACAAACACAGCAACUGCCUCCUCCACCACCUCCUACAGCUCCACCUCCGCACUCUUCCGAAAACGAUGCCAGGGUCAGUCGGAAAAAUCUUCUUUUACAAAAGAUUGUUUUAUGAUAUUUCGUUCUUGCACGCACUCGAAACAGUUUUCAAC